AUGCGGGCCUUGCGCCGCGCCUCCGGCCGACGACGACGUUCCAACGAUCCCUUUCAUCUGAUCGCCAGCGUGUCAGGGCAUCUGCCGAUGAAUGAAGCAGCUCAGCGGUAGGUCUUUAAUUAAUUAAAAUGAUUUUGGGAUGGACCUAUUAACUCUUUUCUUGUAUAGGGUACUAAUUAGUUGAUUCACAUAAUAACACGUUUAUUGCCUUCUUUAUUAUUAUGUCAAGGAAAGUUAACAGGAAGUACGACAAGUAAUGGAAAGUUCUCAGCAUUUCCAUUAAAUUAUUACCAGAAAGGUCAAAAAGUCGGUAGAAUAGGGUUUUUAAGAUAAGCUUUUUCUUUUUAUACUUACUUUCUGACAAACAAAUAGUAAAGUAUAGUGGGAGAGAUAAGUCUAAAAAAUACCAUUUAUUUUGCGCACAUUUUAAUGAAUUAUAUUAAGCUUUUACUUUAAUUAAUAAUUUUAAACUAUAUUAUAGUAUAUAUUAUUAACUUGCAAAUUUAAAUUCUGCGCACUUUUUGACCGAUGCAUUGAAAAAUCUCUUCAAAAACUACCUUUCUACGCACUUUUUGACCGGGCCAGCACUGUCGACCUUUGGAAGCCUCGAGUUUAAAAGUUUUGUAAUUACAUACUCCUACGUGCCGUCUUUGUAUGAAGACUUUAAUGAACUCUCCAUGGCUACACUCAUUACCCUGACUUCUGAAUGGCGUCUGUGUGUGUUUGUCACCAACUUAUUUAUUCAAAUCCUUCUUUCUUGACGUUCAUUUGAUCGUCAGGUCCCAAGGUAGCGUGAGAGUUGCCUGAGGGUUUGACUCUCUCUUUCCUUUCUCCUUCCGUUCUCACCGCCUAAAUAAGGGUUUUAAGACUCUGAAGAGGCGACCCAACUUUAAUUACGGUAUACCCUCAGGGCAAAACUUUUCCUUUUAUUAUUUGGCCAGGAACGGUCGUCUCGAAAUAGCCUCUUCUGUUUCCCAAAUUAUGUCGCAAUGUGCUUCAAGCAAUAUUCCCCGUGUUUACCAUUCGAUAUCAAAACGACGCCUUCUGAUAUAUCUUCAGUACUGUUUAUGCCUUAACUUUAUGGUAUUGGUUUUUAUAUUGCUUGUAUUGUAGUUGUCAGCAGUCUUAUAUUAUAGUAGGUUUUUUCUUUAAUCUUAUUUUAUAGUAGACCUUUUGGGUAGACUUAUAUUAUACUAGUUCUUUCUGCUGAAUGAUGUUGCUGGAGGUCCUUUCCUGUAGUGUAGCAGGUCCCUACUGUAGCUGUAUACCUUAUCGUAAGCCGAGUUGUUUGAUGCUUUUAAAUUAAAAUACUCUUUGACACUGUGAAAGCUUCUCGAAAAAGCUGUAGCACAACAUUGCCUGAACUCGUUGAUUCAAUUUGGAGACGUUUAGAGUAAUUUUAAAAUGGCUUGACUUCUCUUCUUAAAUUUAAUAAAACGUUAAUAAAAGGGAAAGGCGGGGGCACGGAAUUUACUCGAUAUUGAGUUAGAUUGUCGGACAUUUAAGCGCAAUCAUCCCCUACUUAUGGGACAUGAAGAAGCUGGUCUUGUCCAAUCCGUUCCCAUUAACUCCGAUUCAGGGCCGAAGACGGAGUCGGCACCGUGCCUUCAGAAGGUAUCGUCAUUACAGGAUAGCUUCUUAUCUGUUUGUUUUAGCUUCAGAAGUCUUUUGCUUAGUAGCUUCAUCUUGAUGUUGACUUGUCUUAUUGCACAAUGUGUUUAUUUUACCUUGUGAAUCUUCUGUAAGGUCAGAAUCUGCCUUUAAGGUCACAAUAGGGUUGGUCAUUUACCGGUAAAUUGACUUUUCGAUAAAAAUUUUACCGGUUUUUACCGGUAAAUUUACCGGAUUAUUAUUUGGUAUUUAAAAACUUUAAAAUGUCAUUAAAACGUUUAAUAAGCGUUUUAAAACAAUAAAAUAGUAAGUAUUUCACUCUUUUACUUUAAAAAAAACUUAUAAGUCCAAUAGCUCUGUCCACUUCUUUUUCCCUACUGGUAUAUGUUAUGUUGACGUAGCUAGUCAUAGAUGAUUGGAUGACCAUUGUCCACUAGACUCUGCUUGGUUCGAUGGAAUCUUUUGUUUUCCGCAUUUUUGCUCAUAUAAUUGCACGACCUGUUCUUGAUCAUUUGAAGAUAUCUUUGUUUCGCUAAAUAAUCACAGACCUAUACAUAAAGUAUCAAAAAUCAACAAGAAAGUUUAAAAGUCGAAUUUUCCGUCCUUGUGAGUUGUUGGCAGAAGAUGUUGGUACAGUCUUGUAAGGUUACUGACGUAUUUUGCACCACAAUAAUUGCAAAAGUAGUCAUUAUUUGUUCUUUUUUAACGGUCUGUGAUAUUUUUCAACAUAUUUCGUCAAAAAUUUUCCUAAUUUUCCAAAACAAAAACAAAUUUUGAAACAAAAAUAAUUUUCGUGCUAGGACACAAAACACUUUUUUACCGGUAAAAAACCGAAAUUUUCGGUAAAUUACCGGUAAAAUUACCUUUACAUUUACCGGUAAAUGUCCAACCCUAGGUCACAAUAAAGCUUCUUCUUCUGAUUUUGUUUUUCUGAAUUCACUCCGUCUGAAUCCAUGAAGUUCAGAACUUUUGUUAUCUAACAAAGACGUGGUUACAAUUGGUCGCAAAUGAGCCGAAGUAUCUAGUCUUGAACCAAAAUAUCUUUUUAGAUGGAUAAAAUGUCACUUUUAACCUUAUUCUUCCACAAUAUAAACCCUCGCGUCCUCCAGUAUCGUCGAAAUUCACGUCAUUGUACUGUAAUUUUUUAUAAAAAUGUUUUUUCCUACUGUAAUAUUCUUGUGAUCAGUUUGUGACAUUGUCCUCAACAAUUCCUUUCCAGAGCGUUACCACCUGUGCACCUUGGAAACAACGGUCCCGACCCUAUAAUCGAACCUGUAGCGGCCAAAGGCGUCUGCGUCCGACUGGUUGGAGUCUUCAAAUCAGAUCCAAGCACAUCAAGUCAGUCAGUCCAUAAUAGUUUUGAAGGUAGGGGUGGAGGCACAGAUUAGGGUAUCAUUCGAAGGCUUUUGCAAACAAAAAUUGCCAUUAUACAUUUUAUAAAAAUUUACACUUUUUUAUUAAAAUUAGGAAAGGUAGAUUAAUCUUUUACCGUUUUACCUAAGGUAACAUAUAUUUUUCAAAACAUUGUAAUAGUAGCUUAAAGAUCGAAACACCGUUUAAACGGACGGAAGGAACACUUAAGAGUAGCGGGUAUAACAAAGAGAACAUACUCGGGUGCUAAGAGGACAUAGUGUCAUAAGAAGAGGGGGUUAUAUUGAGGACGGCGAAGAGAAUCAAUCACGUCUAAUCCUCUUUUCGAUAUUUCAGGCCAGUCCAACGGGCUGCGCGGCUUGGACACGGACCGCGGAAUGCAUCGACAGUUCACUUCAUCUUCAAAUGGCGAAGAGGAAUUCACCGCCGAAGAGCUACAGGAGUUCGCCCAGGCCUUCGACAUGUUCGACAAGGACAAGAACGGCACCAUGAACAUCAAGGAGCUGGGUGUAGCGAUGCGAACUCUGGGCUUGAAUCCGACGGAAGAAGAGCUACUGAACAUUGUCAACGAGUACGAUGUUGACGGCAAUGGCAAGAUCGACUUUGGUGAGUUCUGCAAGAUGAUGAAGGCCACCAACAAGGAGACCGACGAGAGUCUGAUUCGACUAGCCUUCAAGGUGUUCGACAAAGAUGGCAACGGUUUUAUCACAGCUCAGGAAUUCAAGCACUUCAUGACGACGAUGGGGGAGAAGUUCAGUGAGGAGGAAGUCGACGAAAUCAUCAGAGAGGUCGACAAGGACGGCGACGAACAGGUACGGUCUAAAAUUCUUUAUCACCUUUGUCUUGGUAGUUUUAUUAGUAGAAAUCGAUAUUCUACGAACUUUUUGACCGAAUAGAUGUUAAAAUUAUAUUUUAUCGAUCCCACAACGGUUUUUCUAAUCUAGCUGAUCCAGGAAGCUUUUGUAAACUGCACGAUAAGGAAAAUUAUAAAUUUGUUUUUGUCUGAUAGAAAGUUUACUGCGCCCGAGGGAGUUAUCUCCAAAGUAAACACAAAUUACUAAAAAUAUUAUUGUCCCAUUCGAAAUUAUAUUACUCUUUCUUUAAUCUAUUUGGUGUUGACAAAAAAAAUUUCUUCGACGUAAUAACAAAGGUUGUGGGCGCAUCUGGAAACCCGGCUCUGCAGGUUGCGGAGAUAAUUUAUACGAUCGAAUAUUCGUAUUUUAUGACUGCAACAGUAAAAAUAUUAGAAUAAAAAGUUAAAUUAUUUCAACAAUUUUAGAUUGAUUAUGAAGAGUUUGUGAACAGCUUCGCAUCCAUCGUGCACGACAACAACCAACAAGGCGAUGGUGGUAUCUUCGCCGAACCACCGCCAUCGCUGGUCAAGAAGUAA